AUGCCUUCCCUCCCUGUACCCGAGACUCCUGCCCAGCCACUACCAGAGAGUGGCCUAGUUUGUGAUUUACCUGAACGGCUUCCUGAAUCACAAAUAUCUAUUCUUAUUGUCGGUGGCGGAGUGGCUGGCCUUUUCGCCGCUCUUGAGUGCUGGCGCAAGGGUCACAACGUGCGGAUUAUUGAAAGAAGCCCCUCGAGAUCUGUGUCUGGAGAUGGGUUCUCCAUUAGCACGAGUGCAAUUCGUGCUUUACAAAAAUGGCCCCAAAUGGCCGAGGAAAACGAACGCAUCUCGUAUGAGCCUUGGGUUUCGUGGCAUAAAAUCACCGGCGAGAUGAUUUCGGGCCCGGCACCUUUUCAGCUAAAUCAGUCAAAGAAUCCUGAUCAGAAGGACCUCGAGGAAAAGCCUGUUCCAAAAGUUUACAGACACAGUCGUCCAAAGAUGCACAAAAUGCUGUGCGAUCAGCUUGAACGAGUUGGAAUCAUAGUUGAGUAUGGGAAACAAGUUGUGGAAUACUAUGAGGACGCUGACCUUGUCAUUGCUGCCGAUGGUGUUGGAGGCAAGUCUUCGCGUAUUACCUUGGGUCGCGAGGUUCCAGCCCGACCUAUUGGAUACUCGAUUUACCGAGCCUCUUAUCCCCUUGAUCAGGCUCUUUGUGACUUAAUCCUUGAUGAGAAGCUUCCGGUCAUGGAGAAUGGGAUGCCUUCUUCACAAAUUUGGUUAGGGGAGGACGUCCAUGCUGUCUUCGGGCGAAGUGCCGAUGAGAUGACAUGGUAUCUCACUUAUCCGAAUCACGAGCAAGGCAAAGAAUCAUGGUCCCAUUGGGUUGAGCCCGAGACUGUUCUCAAGACCACAGCUAUAAUCAAAGGCUGGCCUAAGUUUGCAAAUCGUUUGAUUCAGGCAACACCGAAAGGGCGAAUUCAUGACUUCAAGCUGAUGUGGCGUGAGCCUCAGCCCUGCUGGACCUCUGCAGGUGGGCGAGUAGUUCAGAUUGGAGAUGCAGCGCAUACUUUCCAUCCCAGCUCUGGGCAGGGUGCAACACAAGGAAUGGAGGAUGCUGUGUCAAUAGCUGCGUGUUUACAAAUGGCUGGGAAAGACAAUAUCCCAUGGGCGACUCGUGUCCAUAACAAGCUCAGGUUUGAGCGUGUCUCUUGUCUCCAACUCCUUGGUGUGGUCAAUCAGGAAAUUCGGCAUCGCUCGGUCAACGCCCAGCCCUCUCAGACAAAACCAAUAGGAUUACUGGGAGCUUGGAUAUGGGAGCAUGACCCAGAGCAAUAUGCAAUCGAAAAUUAUGACAAGGCGAUGAAACACUUGGCUGAUGGGUGUUCUUUCCAAAAUAACAACACACCCCACGGCUACAGUUAUCGCCCUUGGACCUUGGAUGAACUACUGAGUGAUAAGGAGAUGGGCAAGAAAAUUGUGCUCGAAGGCGAUUGGGAAUAG